AUGGUCGCUAUCUACACCCUCCUGGCCGUGGGCCUCACGCAGCUCGCCAUCACCGCCUCCGCUGGUGACUGCAAGACAUUCCAGAUGUACUGCGGCUCCACUUUGAAAUGGCGCGGCUGGACCGAUAAGGAGAUCCAGGGAAAGGUGUUGCAGGAUGAAUGGAACAGUGGCCAGUACCCUGGCACUGACCAGAUUGACAAGUCUUUGUUUAAAUGCGCAGGCCAGGGCAAAACGUUGGUGUGGGCCAAUGGGCGGACUCCAUGUGGGAACUGUGUCGAUGGAGGGCCAGGAAAGCCUGAUUACUGUGCUUAG